AUGGCGCCGAAGGGCUGCAAGACGGUCGAGGGCGGAUGGCCGAGGCCGCCCGAGAGCAGAGUGUCCUCGCCCGCGCCCACCGAGCGCUCGGGUGGGGCGAGCUCUUGGGAUAAGCUGUCCCUGGCCUCAGGCCUGUCGGCGGGCUCGCCGCCCUUCCUCGCGCCGACGAGUCAGCUGGGUGGCCUGGGCCUGCUGCCGCUGCCAGCCCCAGAGACGCAGGAGCUGAUGCAGCGGCUGGCGCUGGAUGCCCAGCAGCGCCAGGCAGUCGCUGCAGCUGGGCCCGCGCCGACCGCCAAGGCGAAAAGGGCGACUGGACGGUGGGGCGCGGGGCUGAGGGCUGCGACGAGGUGCUGCUUCGGCCGACGCUGGGGUGUCCUCUCGCAGUGCGCGCUGCUGCUGCUCGCGGUGACGCUGGUGCCAGCCUGGCUGGCGGCAUCGCUAUCUCGGAGCGUGGGCGCCGUGGUGACGCUGUCCAAGGACCUGGCAGACGCCACGGGUGCCACCGCGCAGGGCACGAUCUCCGUGGUGCAUGAGGCGUGGACGGGCGUGGACCUAGCCGACACAGUGGUGAACGCCUCUGGAGCUCGCUUCAUCAUCGUCCGAAGCGCCUCGCGGAAGGAGUUUGAGGAGAGCGAGCUGGCCGCCAUGCUGCACCCGCUGCCACCUGAAUACCGUCAGUGGCUAUGGACGGUAGUCAGCACGGUGGGGUCCAGGGCCCCACGCGUGGCCGCCAGCGAGUGCCAGUUCAAGACAGCCAGCUACUUUGACUUCUUCGAAUUCGAGGCGGUGUCCUUCGAGAACGGCGUUGUCGGUGUGCGCUUCAUGUGGACCCGAAUGGUCUUCAAGGCCGUGUGGUCCAACCCGGUGUGGGAGUUGCUCGGCAUUGACGUAAGCUCCGAGCUGUCUCCCAUCGCCUCCCGCACGCGUGACAUGCUCGCGGGCGCGCUGGACCUGGAAUGGUUGCGAGCCCCACUCACUGAAAACGAGGACGUAGUGCGUAUGGCGCCUCCUUUGUGGUAUCGCUGGCUCCAGUGGGGUCGGCGCCACACGGAUUGGCUACAGAUCGCAAGCGGGUUUCGGGAUGAGGGGCCCUUUUUCUUUCGGCUUUGA